GCUUUUGCACGAACAAUAUGGCGCCCUCCAUGUUUUUGUUGUGCAGCGUGCCUUCGCAAGGUUUUGUGUCCAGUAUUGUGAAAUGAAACGCAGUAAUUCUUAAUGUGCAGAACGUCUUCUCGCAGUGCUCUUCGUCGACUACAAUCUGCAUGUUACGCUGAGAAGCCUCGCUAAGAAACUUGCCCAAAUGCAAACAUGUUUCGGUUUGGAAACUGCGUGCGCAUUGGCCUGCAAAUUGCCUGCAGGCGUUGCCACCCCGAUUCGAAAGUGUCUCGGACACAUUUGCGAUCGUGGUGCAGGUAUCGGUCCACACGAUCCAGUCAUUUACCUCGAGGUUCCGUAGCGCCGACUCUGGACGGAACAGAAUCUAUUGUCAAAACGUCCGAUCCCUUUGGAGAUCCGGACGAGUUCGGAACGUUGCCGAAAAAUUUUGAGAACGAGUACAUCAAGCUUAAGAAGCUCGCACGAACCCAAGCUCGCGAACGACAUUCGUGCGACGAUCAGGAUGUCUUUGGAACUUUAACUAAACCGGAAAGCCUGCGAAACAUCGCGGAAUCCUUGCCCGAGGAUGACGACGACGACCCAAGCGAGGACGUCAUACUUGAGAGGCCGAAACGUCGAGAAAUGGAAGACAAAAUAGUAGAACUCGUUAAAGCUCGGAAAAUGAAGGAGGCAUUAAAUUAUUUCUACGAAAUCAAGAAACUUCACAGGUUCAAACCGACCCUGCACAUGUACACGCGACUUAUUGGAGGUUGCGGAAGGGUUGGCUACACAAAAAUGGCUUUCAAGCUUUACAAGGAGAUGCGUGACAGAGACAUGAAGAUGACGCCGGCCACCUUGACAGGCCUCUUCAAUGCCUGCGCUGAGGGACCUUUCAAGGAAUACAGUUUGGAGAAGGCACACAACCUGUAUGAAAGGAUGGAGUUCAAAGGAUGGACACCAAGCAACAUCACCUAUCACGCCAUGAUAAAGGCCUUUGGGAAAUGUGGAGACAUACAGACUGCAUUUAGGGUCGUGGACAAAAUGCAGUCGGAAAAGCACGCAGUAACCGCGGAUACGUUUGCGUUCCUUCUCAUGGCCUGUAUCAGCGAUAGGGAAGCUGGAUUUGCUCUUGGUCUCAAGGUGAUGAGGUUGAUGCUGUGGAAAAAAAUCCGACCCUCUCUCUACUGCUACAACCUUUUCCUGCGGACCGUCCGCGAGUGCGGUAUUGGGCCGCCCGAACUCUUUCAGGACCUCCUCGAAACGACCGUGCCGAAAAAGAAGUUGGCGGGACAACGGGCGAUUAGUAAGAAGAACAAGAACAUGCUUGCCAUUGUGGCCGAGGAGAAAGCGGAAAACCUCGGACAUGUCGGCGCAGGAGAACCUUGUUCGCACGUGACGUCAGACAGAGAGAGCGGCGACAAGGAGAGGGCUACGUCCACCCCGCUGGAGAAUCCCGAAAACCUUCCCGGGAUGCCCAACUUACUGUCCCCGAGCCUUCGUGUGGAGAGAGAAAUUGUGGGCCUUGCAAAUGUAACCGAACCUUACGACAGGCUGUUGAUGUGCGGCGGACUGAAAGGUGUGAUGGACCACUUCCGCGACAUGGGUAUCCAUCCAGAUGUCAAGACCGUGACGCUUCUCUUGGACUGUAUACCCAACACAACGGAAGCCGAACACGAACUCAUCGCCGAAGCGGACAGGACGGGAGUGAAGCUGGAUGUCGACUUUUUCAACAUGCUCAUCAAGCGUAGAGCUCUUCGCAUGCAGAAGUCUGAAGCAAGGGAGGUCCUGACGCUGAUUGCCAACCGCGGCCUGCGUCCCGACAUCAUCACAUUUGGAGUCCUCGCCUUGUGCAUCUGUUCGGAUAAGCAGGGAAAGGAAUUCCUAGCCACAAUGAAGAACGCCCGAAUGACGGUCAACGAAGAAAUCCUGAGCACCCUGAUUGGGAACGCCUGCUACAGGCUCGACUUCUUCUUCCUGCUGACCCUGAUGCACUUUGCGAUCAAUAAUGAAGUGAGAGUGAAUCCUUCAGCAUUGCAGCGCAUUGAGAAAGCCAAGCAACGAGCACGGAAGGCUAUAAUGGAUAAGGAACGAGGAAUUGAAGCGAAGCACAAGAUUACAGAGUACGCUGAAAAGGGUUACACAAAAUUCUGCCUUCACUACGAGGAGUGGCUCAAGGAGGUUUCCGUCGACCUGCCCCAGCACCCCUGGGAACAGUACAAGCCCGAGAACGCGCUCAAGACCCGGCGGGAAUUCCUCGAGGAAGCGGAGAAGGCGGGACGAGUGUAGGAAUGAGACGCGUUUGUACAGCACAAAUUGUUUUUUAGGUUUUUGUAAUAAAGACAAUGAUAACUCGA